AUGUCGACCCCUGCCUAUCAGAACUCCCUAGUCGACGCCCAGAGGGCAGUCGACUUUAGUCAAGUCUCUGGGAAAACAGUAGUCCUGACUGGGGGAAGCAGCGGUCUCGGCCUCUGUUACGUGCGCGCUUUUGUCGAAGCUGGUGCAUUCGUCGUCAACGGGGACAUCAAGCCCCCUACAGAGUCCUUCCCGUCUGACCGAGUCGUAUAUGUCAAGUGCGACGUAGCCCAAUGGGAAGACCAAGUCACUGUCUUCAAGACCGCGCGCGACCGUUCCCCAAACGGCGGAAUCGACAUCGUCAUUGCAAAUGCCGGCAUCUACAGCCCGGACGCUUUUGACGGCAUAACGGACGAUGAACCCCAAAAGCCCAUUACCAAGCUCCUAGACGUAAAUCUAACAGGUGUGAUCUACACCUCCAAGCUCGCAGGCUGGCACUUUCACCACCAGGAGGGCCAGCGCGACCGCUGCCUGAUCCUUGUAACCAGUAUCAUGGGGUAUAUAGAUACGCAGGGGUCAUCUGUGUACUCGGCUGCGAAGCAUGGGGUUCGGGGGCUUAUGACUUGUCUACGACGGAAGGGCGUUGUUAGGGUGAAUUGUCUUGCGCCGUGGUUCAUCGCAACCCCAAUCCUCCCAGCCAGCUUCAUCCAGUCCACGGGGGCCCAAUUCCAGAGCCAAGGGCUGGACUUUGCAAAGACGGAUGAUGCUGUUACGGCCGUGGUACGGCUUGCGACCGAUACUUCGAUUAAUGGACGCACACUGGGCGUCGUCCCCCGCCAGCUCUCUUCUUCGGGCUACUUGGAUCUGGACCGCGACGAUUUCAAUCAGGGCUCACCGCUGGAUACGCUGCAGGUGAUGGCGAGUUCGUUGGUGUAUGGGGAGUUUGGGGCGUCUUCUACUUGA